UUUAAGUGUCAUAUUUUUGGUAAUGAGGAAGUGAUCGAUGGCUUAACAUUAUAUUGAAAGCUAAGUUUAAGAAAUAGCGUUAAAGAAUACAAACAUUUGCGCUUUUCUAAAGUUAUAAAACAUUCAGAUAGUGCGGAGAUAUAUAUUUGUGGACAUUGAAGCAGAUAUGCGAUUAUAUUAAUUAAUGUUUCUUAGUUGUGAACGUUUGUGAAAAGUGAAUAAUGGUUGUUUUAAAGACUUCAUUAAAAUUAUAAAGGUGUGCUGUCUUUUUUUCAAAUCACCGUUUGCUUAUUGCCUCUAAGAUUAACUUAAUUAACCGUAUCCAUGAGACCCAUUUAAUCAAUAACCGUUUCUGGACUUAAAGUGUAAUUUAAAAACAAAGCAUGCCAAGUCAUUGAACUUUCUGGACUGAAAUUCUUCGCAAAAUUUUCACAGCGACAUUUGCGCACGGGCUGAAAGUCGGGUUAACAUGUCGGUGCAUGGGAAAAGUGUUAUGGUCAUUUUGUGUGUGUUAGCCGUCAUCGGGAGGUUGUUGGUUCAUGCACAAGUCGUAUCACCAGAUUGCGGAACACCCCCAAGUUUGAUUGGGGGACAGAUCAUUUCACAGAAUACCAGCCAUACCGUAUAUGCAUGCAACACAGGCUUGGAGUUACAGGGAGAUGACACCAUUCAGUGUAACGCUCUGCUAUCGGAAUGGGAAAGUUUAAAUACAGUUUGUGUCUGCCCAUAUCCGAUACGGCCUGUGAACGGUUGGGUUGAUUAUCAUUUUGGGUUUUUGGUAAACGGAGAAAUUGCCUAUUACUAUUGUGAUAACGGUUACAUUCUCCGAGGAUACAGCUGGAGAAUCUGUACGUUUGACCGAGGAUGGAUUGGAAGCGAUCCACUUUGUGUAGAUGAGCGGAGUGUAUUAGGCGCCCAAUGCAACGAAACGGAGAACUGUGGGGUUGAGAACAGUGAAUGUGUUGGCAAUAUGUGUCAAUGCCUACCUGGCUUUACAGCGAAUUAUGACCUGAAUAUCUGUUCUGCAGUAAAAUGUUCAAAUGGAUACCAAGCGGGAAUCGGUGGAAAAUGUUAUCGAGUGUUCACAACAUGUAAGACGUGGGAGAAUGCAAGACAAACUUGCAAGUUGAAUAACGGAAGACUCUUUAAAAUCGCAAAUGCAGAUGACUAUGGGUUAGCACAAACUAUAUCAGAAAAUAUUAACACGGACAAAGUAGGAGGAACAUGCACAAACGGUAUUUGGAUCGGUGCAAACCUUACUGAUGGCAUUUACACAUGGGAGGAUGGAUCCGUUGCACAAGGUGGAAUUUAUGACUUACGUUACAAGUACCCAUUAUAUACAGGAGAAGGGUGCAUCGGGAUGUUAAGAUAUAUUUUUGAUGGGUACUUUAUGUAUGACACAAGCUGCGACGAGCUUCAGGAGUUCAUUUGCCAAAAUCAGCGGCUAGGAGAGAGUUGUGUUAAUACUUCAGAAUGCAAUGCUAAUAAUUCGAUAUGUUCUGGAGGAGUCUGCGACUGCCGGGGUGGUUAUUAUAAAGAUACGAACAUCGAUACAUGCAUAGCAAAAGGCGGCACUGGGAGCCAAUGUACAACUAGCGGUGAUUGUGUCACAAAAGGAGCCCUGUGUUUAAACAGCUACUGCUCUUGCAUGACUGGAUUUUACGACCACGACUCAGAUACAUGUGACGCAAUGCCUCUAUUGCCGUCUGGCCUCGAUUCAAACGAUACUAUUAUUGAACAUGAGAAGCUGUGUAGCAGUGAAAUACACUUUGGACCGGGUUUUCCAGUUGGAGAUAAGUUAUAUUACACUUUGUUUAUUUGCAAAAACGGUUAUGCAAGCAUUGGCACGCACUAUACGAAUCCAAAUCCGCCCAGAACGACAGACAAUUUUGAUGAAACAGUUAUUGUAGCACCAUUCUAUGUUGACACUUUGAAUGGAACUGUUUCAUACAGGGUUAUUGAUAUACUGCAAAACAGUGACCUGCGUCACAAUGAAGAUAUAAAUACAUUGCGGAGAAUUGUCUCCCUUGUUAGUGACGACACAGCGUUUGAUAUUAAGUUUGCAGUGAUUGCAAGUUGGUCGAAUAUGAUUCCAUAUGAGAAGAUAUAUGAAAACGAACAGACAAGCACUUUUCAGAUGGCUGUUGUAACUGACGGCCAAUUGACAUAUUCUAUCUUUAUUUACGGGCAGAAGCAAAUGCUAUGGAACGCUAAACUCGAAAACAAACCCAAUGUUUUCACUGGAGUUAUUAUCAACAAGCAGUAUAUUUACAAAGAUGUAUUUUCGUUUAAAAAACCAAUUCUGCGAAUGGAUCGUUACGCGAAUACUCAUGGCAUUAAUGGCUUAGUCGUGAAAAGGAUCGCUGCAAAUAGCCAACUCAGGAAUUAUGCCAUGGAUUGCGUAGACUGGUUCAUAAGCAACAAACAUAAGAAAGAGGAAUAUCACAAAAUAAUGAGCAUGCUGCCUGAAUGUCCCUGUAGCCUUGAGAAAGCAGAACAAGAUCCCUUAGCCAGAGGCGAAAGGACAACUAAUGACAAAACUAUUUGCAUAGAACUUCUUCCAACCUUCAGGGCAGGAUUAUAUGGCAAGGCGUGCUGCUAUGAAAGAAGUUCAGGACAAUGGACGGACGAAAUUCCGUUUGCCGGGGGUUUGUACGCUUUUCAUCCAGACCUUUCCCCACAACAACACAAACUACAUGAUCAGCUUCCUAAGGAUGUUUGCUGUUCAAAGUCAAGUUAUUGUCAGCUAUACUACGAUUUACGACCCAUCGGAGAAUGUUACAGAAAAACUUGGUUUGACUUUGCGGUAUCUUGGGGUGAUCCCCACGUACUUACUCUGGAUGGAAAGAAGUUUAUCUUCAAUGGACUCGGUGAAUACACGCUCUUGAAACACAACGUUGAAGGAAACACCUUUGAUUUACAAGCAAGAACAGAGCGGGCUGUUACAGUGAAUAACACCGUAACGGAUGCCACGAUAUACACAGCAUUUGCUGCCAAGGAUAGUUCUGGAUCUUCUGUACACGUUGAGCUCAACACUAAAAGGAACGGCAUCAUAUUGUAUGUUAACAAUAUCGAUCGGACUGCUGAUCAAGCGAACGAUUCCUUCACGUUACACGCGGAAAACAACACGUUUAUAGUUGUAAAACAUCGUGACGGCAAAAACAAAACGAAUCUGGAAAUUGAUUUUGUUAAGUCAGGAGUAUCUCUGAGUAUAUUUACUGGCAAUGGGAUGCUAACACUUAAAACAACCGUCAACGCAUCGUUAAAAGGGAAAGUGCGAGGAUUGUUUGGUAAUUUUGAUGGAGAUCCGGACAACGACUUUAUAACUCCGGACGAGCAGAUUUUUAACAGCAAUAUCAGCGAAUCUGAAAUAUUUCAAUAUGGCCAAAUGUGGGAAAUUGAUGGUUUGAACUCCGCAUUCUGGUAUAGUGACAAGAAGAACCACAGUAAUUACCACAACAGCUCCUUCACCCCUCGCUUCCUAGACUCAGUGUCAGUGGAAAUUAUAAAGGCAGCAAGCGAGACAUGUAGAGGAGAUCAGGACCUCGCCUGUAUAUUUGAUCAAGUGUUUACAGAAAAUGAAAACAUUUCAAGGCAAACACAUGAGACAACAAACGAUGCAAAAGAAGCGAUGACUGAAAUAAACAGGGGCGUUCCAAAACUGGUGACAUGUGGUCGACUGGACGUUUGGAUUGGAGAGGAAGCUGAGUGUCAAUUGCGAUUUGGCAGUGAUGUUACAGAUAUCGAAGUGUUAGGAACCAUGAAAAACUCGGUAUUUGUAAAUCAAACAACAGGAAUUCUAAGAUAUAAGCAUAUACCCGGGCAGCCUGGUGAUAUUCUACGUCUUAUUGUAAAAGCCGAAGACGGUGGUAUAUCUCCCGUUGCAAACAUCCCUAUAACAGUAUGUACCGGUUGUAGUGGACAUGGUCUUUGUAUUAACGAAACGGAGAUGCGGGGCAGUCAGACGCUGUUGUUUCAAUAUAAUAAGUGCCUUUGUAAUGCACAAUAUACAGGCCUUGACUGUGAGUUAGAUAUCGACGGAUGUGUUGGGCAGCCAUGUUCCAUUGGACGGAGCUGCUCCGAUGUACCUGCAGAAUUUCACAUGGAGGACGAGCCGGGAUUUACUUGCUCCAGAUGUCCAGAUGGUUAUAUCGAUGAUGGUGCGAGGUGUCAAGAUAUCGAUGAAUGUGCGGACACAAACUCAUGUGAACAAAUUUGUAUUAAUACAGAAGGAUCCUUUAUUUGUUCAUGCAAAAGUGGAUACAGAGCUGAAUCGUCUGACUUGAAAAAAUGUGUCGAUAUCAACGAAUGCGACGAAGCUACCCACAACUGCUCCCACAUUUGCGAAAACACAAACGGAGAAUUUCAAUGCAAGUGUCACCCGGGAUAUAAACUAGACGAUACGAGGACUGAAUGUGAAAAGAUAGGCAACGAUGAUUGUAGUAAUGAUUGUUCAGCGACAUCAGGAUGUACAACGAAUAAGAAAAAUGAAUCGAUAUGCUUUUGUGAAAAUGGUUUUGAGCUAGACACAGAUUCGCAGAAUUGUACAGAUAUUGAUGAAUGCAAAAGUAAUGUUUGUCCCCAAGAUUGUACAAACUCUGUCGGAUCGUAUUCAUGCAAAUGUUUUGCCGGAUACAGAUUGCAAGGACUGAAAGAAUGUAAAGAAUGUGAUCCUCCAUACUUUGGAACAAACUGUAAAGACACAUGCAACUGUUCAUCUCUCGGCACGACAGAAUGCCAUCAAGUGAAGGGUUGCGUCUGUGAAUACGGCUGGCAAGGAGAAAGGUGUGAUAUUGAUGUCAAUGAAUGCGACAAUCACAUUUCUCCGUGUUCUGAUGCCUACCAGACAUGCGUCAAUAUUCCUGGAUCGUUUCUUUGCGAAUGUUUAAUGGGAUUCAAGGAUAGUGGGAGUAGCCAUUGUGAAGACGUAGAUGAAUGCACAAAUCCUUUACUUAAUGGAUGCGGACAAGAUAUGCUAUGCAGCAAUACUGAGGGUGGUUAUAUAUGUGAUUGCAUGGAAGGCUUCGUUCAGUCUAACGAAGGCUGUAAAGACGUUGAUGAAUGUAAUCUCGGAAUAAGCGGAUGCCAACAGAUGUGCGAAAAUUUUCCUGGGCGUUUCAACUGCUAUUGCUAUUAUGGAUAUACCUUAGCCGAGGACCGGCAAUCAUGCCUGGAAGUACAAAACCCGUGCUUACAAUUUAGUAAUCUAAACUGCUCUCACUAUUGUGUUGUUGAGGAAAGAGAGGCUAAAUGUAAAUGCAACUUUGGAUUUUACAUCGAUGAAGAUUCACAAACUUGUAAAGAUAUAAACGAAUGCGAUAAUGAGACUUUAAAUGAAUGUCAGCCAGAAGGGAAUUGCAUAAACGUUCCGGGUUCGUAUAAUUGUGAGUGUUCACCAGGAUUCAAACUCUCCAAUGACGGUCGACAUUGUGAAGAAUGUGAUCAAUACCACUUUGGAAAUAAUUGUGAGCAAACUUGCAGCUGCUUACAUGGAACAUGUGAUAAAACACAAGGUUGUAACUGCAGUGAAGGUUGGGCUGGUGAUGAGUGUGACAUUGACCUCGACGAAUGUGACAACGAAGACAUGUGUCCCACAACCUUUGAGUGUGUUAAUACGAUGGGCAGCUUCCUUUGUCAGUGCCACUCUGGGUAUGUAAGGACAGAGGACAGAUGCGAAGAUAUCAAUGAAUGUCUGGACGCUUCACUGAAUAUGUGCGAACAAGCAUGUCACAAUACCGGAGGUGGAUACGAAUGCAGUUGUUACAAAGGAUAUAUAUCAAAUGUUACAACUGGAGUGUGUUCAGAUGUCGAUGAAUGCCAAUCAGGAUUCCACCAAUGUGAUCAAAACUGCCAAAACACGCAGGGAGGAUAUAUAUGCACGUGUAAAGAAGGGCUCGUGCUUGAUCUAACCGACCGGCACUCUUGUCUUGCCGAGAUAGAAUGUGAUUCUGCUGAUGCUGAAAACUGUCCUGAAAAUUCAAUCUGUACACGAAAUGCCGACAUAUCUAAAUGUAUUUGUAAGAGAGGAUAUGUACAGAUAGCAACUAAUGCCUGCAUAAAUGUGAACGAAUGCGAUCACGAUAACGGUUACUGUGCCCACACGUGCCAAGAUAACCCAGGAGGAUAUGACUGUCUGUGUGACGAUGGAUUCCAUCUUUCGAAAGAUGGAAGAUCAUGUGAAGUGUGUGAACAAGGCACUUUUGGUGCAAAUUGCAAUUCAGUUUGUAACUGUGAAGUCAAGAAUACCAAAACUUGUGAGAACGAUGUUGGAACAUGUUCAUGUAAACAAGGAUGGACUGGUGGCAAUUGUACCAAAGACGUUGACGAAUGUCUUCUAAAUACGCACACCUGUUCAGAAAAUUCGUCAUGUAGAAAUAAAGACGGUGGCUUUUCAUGCGAUUGCCACACGGGCUUCCAGAAAGCGGGUGACGGAUUAUGCACAACAUGUGAUCGAAAUAAUUUCGGCGAUAAAUGUCGCCAACAUUGUGAAUGUUUCGAAGACGAGACACAGGAUGCGUGCAAUCAUGUUGAUGGACGAUGCCGUUGCAAAGCGGGGUAUGAGAGAAAGAACGAAUCGGGGACAUGCAACCGUUGCACCAAUAACACGUAUGGGUUUGAUUGUGCAAAUAUAUGUGAAUGUAACAUAACAAACAGCAUUAAAGGCUCUCAGUCCUGUGAUGAAAAAAACGGGACGUGCUUUUGUAACAAGUUCUGGGAUGGCAUUGCAUGCAAUGUUGAUGUAAAUGAAUGUAAAGAUCGAACUAUUUGUGGUGACGAUCCACUGAAAGGUUGCCACAAUACAGAGGGUAAAUAUUUGUGUGACUGCAAACGAGGCUAUACACUAGAUGAUAACAAAUGCGUCAAAGAUACUAGUUUGGAUGAUCCUGAUCUUCACAAUAUUAAAGAUAACAUGGUUGCUGUCACAUUAACAGCAAUACUUUAUAUAACUUUUGACGAGACGAUGAAUCUGGAUAUCAGUGCCACGUACAGACAAUAUGAAAGAAAACUAACAGAUUCGCUUCUUUCAUACAUGAAGAGAUUUACAGUCUUCCCUCUUGAAAUUGUGAUCCAUGAUAUAUGGAAAGGAAGCCUCCAUGUGAAUUUUACCGUAAUUGUCAACGCAACAUCAGGAGAAGAAGACAAAAUACAAGGUGAUCUGGCCAAUGCCUUAUUAGAUAUGGCACGGGGAGGUACCUUAACAUUUGAUGGCAAAGUCAUUAAUUCCUCUACAGAGUCAUUGGUCUACACGAACGACGAAUGCAAAUUUUAUCAAAGUCUGUUUGGAAACUGUAACAUAGGCUACAAAUGUUGCGUGGAGGAAGAACGCAUUUAUUGCUGCGAAACUACACGAAAUGAUCUGGCAAUAAUCAUGGGAUCUGUUUUUGGAGGAGCUGCGUUCUUGGUUCUUUUCGUGAUAUUCUAUGUUACCAUAGUUACACUUAGACGUAAAAUGAACAGGAAAAAGGCCAAGCGCUUUCCUAGCUUUACAUCCCAACCAACCUGUACUAGAAAUAAUGGACGAAACCCUUCCCAUUUAUGUGAGGUUUCAACAAUUAACAACGAUUCGGAUGAUAAUAUCGCAGCACGCAUAAAUAUGAAAUAGUUGCAAAUGAAGGUAGUAAAUGUUGAUAUCAAAGGACACGAGACAUCAUUCACCUGAAUUUUUGCAGAUGGCAUUGACAAAUUCUAAAUAGCCGUAUUUAUGCUUACAAAUAUUUAAGCCAUUGAUUUGAAUAUAAAUAGUCUAAGAGUGUAUGAGGGAGCCUGUACCUUGGAAUAACACAACUUUGUUGGAAGUUUGAAUUUUAAGGUUGUUAAACGAAGGUAAAGUUUCGGUAUACAAUCAGGGAAGUGGAUGAAAGCGUCAAUGAUGCAUGGACAAAUGAGGCAAGAUAACCUUAAUCGAGUUCACAGAGAAAACAUCAAGUGUAAUUCUUCAACUUGGACUGAACCUAUUCAGCAAACAAUACACUUUGUACACUAUGAUAAAUGCAAUGUCUUAUUUGUUUAAUGUAUCCUUUCGGAUUGUUUUACUGAGUUUCUCUACGACAGUAUAUUUCUGCUUCGCGUGAUUGUUAUAAUGCUCAAACUUUUAUGAGUGAUACAAACCACUGAUAUCCGAUGUUGUAGAUUAGUCAAUAGCAGAUCGAUUCUCCCAGACGCUAGGAGAUAAGAACGUAACCUUGUCGAGCUUAUUUGGGACAUCAACUUCUUCAGCUUUUGUCGAAAGCCGUUGCCUUAGACUGUCAGAAAUAUAUAGAUUUAGAUAGAAAGUGUAUACAAAAUACAAAUUCGACUAAUGUUUAUAUUGACUAACUGAAAUUUUAACAUUUUCUUGAGUAAACGAGCUUUAUAUGUCUUUAAUAUUUAUACGGUUUCAUUCCUUGAUAUAGUAUAUGUAAUUAUGCUUGAAAUAGUGUUUACUAUUGCUCACUUUAUUGUUUAAUAUGUCUAAGCUAUUAGAACACCUAUACUCAAAUGUGUAUGCACUUCUUAAUGUAAAUGUCUUUAAAGAAAUAAUGUUGGCACCUACAGUAGACUCUCAGACACACAUCGGUACAGCGAUCUUCACUGGGAUCAAGUUAUACUAAUAUCCUAAGUUUCUCACUGUAAAAAGAAUAUAUGCAUAAUUAAGUGGGAACAGGGAUGCGUAAAACGUUUCAAAAAGCUUGUUAUUUGACUGGCACUCAUGUUGUUUUAAAUAUAUGUUAAGUGGGUGUAAAAAUGUCUAAAACGCCAUUUAGUACAUGUCUUUCCUACUUUCCGGUUUAAUAUAAACAUCACGUAUUUUGAAUAACACAUGUGUUAUUUAACAAUAUCACUUCGCACGUUUGUAAAUAAUUUAAUUGGAAGCAAUAAAUGCUUAAUUGGUAAUAAACCAGCUUUAAGGCUCGCUUACUAACACAUUAGCUGAACACGUUGUAUAAAAUUGUGUAUUAUAUAACGACUCGUGACAGAUCAUUUAUAUGCAAAACCGGUUGGUGUGAAUUAAAAGAAUAAAAAGAAGUCAUACGUCAAUUAUACGAUUUGCUUCUUCGCUAUUUAUAUUUGCUUUUAUAUGUCUUUUUUACUAAAACUACUUGAAACACAUACCAUUUUGUUCACGCUGUUUUUGACGUCCGGCUAAGUCCUGUCAGUCGGAAACCAUCAUUUAAUUUCAACAGUAUGAGUUCGCAUUGUCUCGAUCGAGUUAUCAAAAUGUUCCCGCCACAAGUAUAAUGUAUAAUUUUAUUAUCUUCUUAGGCGAGUAAUUUCUGAUUAUUAGAUGAUAAGGUUCCUAUAGUAUUAGUUUUGUUCGUUAUUACAAAACAUACUUAUAAACUUAUAUAUUAAUAAACGAUACUUUAGAA